AUGAAAGAAAUCGGAUUGAAGGCAGCCAUAUUUGGUUCAGAUAGUGCUAUGGUUUGUGUAAAGGCUUUAAAGAUGGCGCUGAGCAGGCUUGAAAGGGCUACAGAAAAUAAUCUACAUGUAUUAAGUGCCGCAGCAGUCUGUCAGCAGUAUAGCGAUUUUGAAAGGCAAAUUCAAGAAAAGGCUGUAUUGGACCUCGUUGAAAAAGGAUAG